AUGGCGCGCGCGCGGGAGUCGAGCGCGAUCGCGCGCGCGUCCUACGCGCGCGCGAACGCGCUGCGGGCGUUUUACGUCGGUCGAGGGGCGCCGUUGGCGAUCGCGUGCGCGUCGGUCGUGGACGACGGACGCGUGGACGCGCGGAAGGGCGACGCGCGGAAGGGCGCGCGCAAGGACGCGGUGGACGCGGAGGAUGUGUACUACGCGUGCGCGACGGCGGAUGGGGGGGUGGCGCUCGCGCGGUCGAGGACGACGCGUGGACGGAAGGCGACGACGAGCCGGGCGCGCGAGUUGGCGAGAGCGGACGGCGACGGCGAAGCCAUGACGGCGAUCGCGAUGGACGCCAAGGGGAGCAAGGUGUUCUGUGCGUCGAGAAGUGGACGGUUGGUUCGAUUGGACGUGGUCGAGAUCGAGGGGGAGACGGUGUUGCGGACGAUUAAGGCGUGGAAUCCGCAUCGGUCGUCUCCGGUGCUCGACAUGUGCGUCGAUUCCACCGGGACGCUGCUGUGCACCGGGAGCGCCGAUCGCACGGCGCGAGUGUGGGACAUCGAACGUGGUUUCUGUACGCACGCGUUCAGGGGGAGACACGGCGGGGCGGUGACGGUGACGGCGUUUCAUCCGAACACGAGAGUGGCGCGCGCGUUCACGGCUUCGGACGACGGCUCCGUGGCAAUGUGGUCGCUCACCGGUGGCGUGAGCGAGGGUAAAAAGGGCAAGAAGGGGCCGUCCGCAGAUGGUUGUUUGAAGUUCAUCGCGGACGCGCACGUGAGCGCGGUGACGACGAUCAAGGUGGACGUCGACACGAACACGCUGCUCACCGCGGGUCGGGACAGAAUCAUUCGCACAUACGAUUUGGACACGCUGACGCCUCGAACGACGACGGCGGUGCACGAAACGAUCGAGGAUUGCGUCAUUUUGGGUGAGAAGACAGCCAUCGUGCGAGACGGCAAGGUGAAGCCGCCACCGAGCGGACGCGGCGUUAUCUUUGCCGUUGUUGGCGACGGCGGACGCGUACGCGUGUGGCGAGAGGGCGCCGCCAAGCAUUCCCUUGAAUCCGGACCACUCAUCGCGGAGAAGCUCAAAAAGGGCGGAGGCGAUGAGAACGACGAUUUCGAAGCCGCCGCGGCGACAUUCACUAAGUGUGCACUUUCGGAGGGUGGAGAUCGUUUGAUUGGCGUCAGCGGCGACGCGCGAUUAUUGACGUACAAAGUGAAUGCUGAGACGUGCGCAUUGGACAUCGAGCGCGAGAUCGUGGCCAACACGGACGAGGUGAUCGGUUUAGCCUUUGUUCCGAGUGCGAACGAGGUGAGCGUAGAAGAAGACACGAACGAAGACGAGGAUGAGACGAGAGAGCUCGCUAUUGCGCCGAGGCAAAUGGCUGUCGUCACGAACUCGCCCACCGUGCGUGUGUUCGACCCCACAACGAUGUCUUGCGUGGGAUCCCUGAUCGGUCAUACCGCGGUCGUACUCAGCGUUGACGCGACUCUGACCACGGACGGCACCGCGCUCAUCGCGACCGGUGCGAAGGAUCACACGGUCCGUCUGUGGGACCCGAACACGCAGCGUUGUGUCGCUGUAGGCGAGGGACACGUCGGCGCGGUAUCGGCUGUCGCGUUCCCCCCAAAAUCGUCCAGAGGCGUUCCGUUCGUAAUUUCUGGCGGCGCCGAUCGCGUUUUACGAGUCUGGGACGUCGAGGGUGCUCUUCGAAGUGGUGACGGAGAGCUGAAUGCGCUGGCGGCAACCGUGGCGCACGAUAAAUCCUUAAACGGUGUCGCCGUGGCUCCGCAUCUUCGCCUAGUCGCCACAUGUUCGAGCGAUAAGACGGCGAAAAUCUGGAAAAUGCCAGACUUGGUUCCGUUGGCCACCCUAAGAGGACACCGCCGCGGAGUGUGGGCGUGCGCAUUUUCUCCCACGGAUCGAGUGCUCGCCACAGCGGGAGGGGACAAGACGGUGAAAAUUUGGAGUGUCGACGAUCGAUCCGGGUCGGAUACCAGCGGUGCGUGUCUUCGCACGCUUGAGGGCCACACCGCAGCCGUGUUAACCGUCAAGUUCAUCUCGCGCGGGACCCAAUUGGUGACCACUGGCGGGGACGGUUUGCUCAACCUCUGGAACGUCACCGUGGGCUCACGCGUGUCGUCGAUCGACGCGCACGAAGACAAAGCUUGGGCUCUGGCCGUUUCGAGUGACGGUGAUUGGUUGUCCACGGGUGGUACGGACGCAUCGAUGUCUCUAUGGAAAGACUCAACGACUUCGACGACCGCGGAAGCGGCGCAGAAGCACGCGCUCGACGUUAAGCAGGAGCAAGCGUUCUUCAACGCCGAGCGAGCUGGCCAGCUCCAAAAGGCUAUCGACCUCGCGCUCACUCUCGAGCGUCCCGCAUCAUUGCUCAGAGUCCUCACGAGACUCUUCGAAGACGAUUACGCGAACGGUGACGCUCGAUUACGCGAGUGCGUGGAGCCGCUGCACGGCGAAAAGCUCAAGCGCGUGCUGACGUGCAUUCGAGAGUGGAAUACAAACGGGCGCACGUGCCACGUUGCACAGCACGUCCUCGCCGCUGUGUUCCGCACGCACUCAAUGAAUGAACUCAGUGAAGUUCCCGACAUCACGCAAAUCCUUCGCGCGUGCCGUGCGUACACGGAACGUCACCGCUCGCGUCUCGAGCGUCUCUAUCGGGGCACCUUCAUGGUUGACACCUUGCUCGUGAGAUCAGGCGCGAUCGUCGACGACGAAGAAACGCAGGAACAAAUUGCUCGAUCGUAUGAAACCAUUGAUGACUUUGGUUUCAUGCGUUCUGACAGCGCACCGGCGCCGGCUCUCGCAAAGGCGCCGGAGCCCUCCGUCGAGGACCCCGCGAGCGACAACGAGCCAGAGGACGUCUCCGAGGAAGAUAACGACAUGGAGGAGAACACGAAGGACGAGGACGAGGACGAGGACCGAUUUGAAGACGAGGAAGAUAACAAGAGCGAAGAUGCCGAGGAAAAUGACGAGGAUGAUGAAGAGGACGAUAAGGAAGAAGUCGUGAAGGAUGAAGAAGUCGUGAUGGGUCCACCCAAGAAGCUCGCGCGCUUGAACGUGAUCAAGCGACUCUCCUCCAACUUGGAGGAUAGACGUAAGCUCAUGCGCGAUCCCUCGCCUCGACACACGCGCUCUGGUAGGAAUCUAGGCUAA